UUUUUUUCAAUCCUUUCGGAGAAGUCCUUGACCACCGGGCACUCCGCGCCAUGCGCGCCGACCGCGCACGCCGUGCGGAGGGACCGCCACGCACGGCGUCGCAGGGGCGGCGCGUGGCCGAAGCGGAGGCCGCGGAUGUGGAGGAAAGCUUCUGCCUGAGCUGGGAGCAAUGGUCAGAGGAGCUGGUCUUGGCGAUCGCACAGCAGCAGCCCUGGCCGCUUCCUCCAGAGCUGCCCAGUCGCCUGUCGCCACCUUUGACACGCAUGGCGGAGGCGGUAAUGAACGGCUUGGCGGCGGUUUGGGGCUGCGACGUGGAAUGCAAACGCUUAGCGCAGGAGGUAGAGGAGCUGCAGCGUACCGCGCGCAGCGCACGCAGCGGGCGCAGCGGUGCCCGCGAGGGGCGGAGCUCGGCACCAGAGCGAGCUGGUGGUUUGGGCAUGGAGGAGCAGCAAGAGCUGGCGCAAGCGCUGCUCAGCGAAGAGCAGGAGGUCGGACGGCUGCGGGAGCAGACCAGCGCGCUGAGCGAGCAGCUGGCCUCUGCCCGGGCGAGCCUGUGGAAGGUCAAGGAGAGGGAGAUGCAAAUCUCACAGUUUGAAGUGGAGCAGAAGGCACAGCUCGUCUCCGCCAAGAGGCAAGAAGCAAGUGCAAGGCAACAGUUUCAGGAUCGAGAAUCCGAGCUCCGGUCGUUGCGAUUGCAAGUUGAGGAGGUCUCAGCUCAACUGGCCAAGAAGGAUGCCGUGCAUGCCUCCUUGGGGCAACAGCUCCGGGAAGCCAAGAAGGAGCUUCAGCAGUCGGAGCUCCAGCGACAGAAGCUCCUGACCGCGCUCAAGGAGUAUCUCUCCUCCAUGGAAGAGAAGUUCGAAGCUGCCAAGGUCUAUGACCAGCAGCUGGGACUCACGCCCGAGGUCGCACGGAGAAACAGAUGGCCGAAGUGAGCUGGAUAGGGGAUCUAGGUUGCUAAGACUCCACGACACAAACAUACCUCCAUCAUUCC